AUGAAAAAGAAAGAUAAAAUAUUGCAUGUUGAACGAGGCGGUCCAGCAGACGCCAACACACAGAUCUUUGUGAAGACCCUGACGGGCAAGACCAUCACUCUUGAGGUCGAACCCAGUGACACCAUCGAGAAUAUCAAGGCCAAGAUCCAAGAUAAGGAAGGCAUCCCACCAGACCAGCAGAGGUUGAUAUUUGCCGGCAAGCAGCUGGAGAAUGGCUGCACCCUGACGGACUACAACAUCCAGAAAGAGUCCACCUUGCACUUGGUGCUGCGCCUGUGUGGUGGCAUCAUCAAGCCAUCCCUUUGUCAGCUCGCCCAGAAGUACAACUGUGACAAGAUAAUCUGCUGCAAGUGCUAUGCAUGCCUACACCCCUGUGCAGUCAACUGCUGCAAGAAGAAGUGCGGCCAUACCAACAACCUGCACCCCAAGAAGAAGGUCAAAUAA